AUGGGUGAAAAUACUAUUGAUAUUGAUUCCCAAUUACAGAAGCUUGAAACUUAUCAUCCUGCUGAGAUUAAGUGUUACUUCUCAAAAGAACAUAAGAGGAAUCAAAUAUCUUUUGAGAUCAUGCUUUUGCUAAUGCGAGAUUUUGAAAUUGCUCGUGAACAACUGGAAGCUUCUGUAAAGAAUGAGGAGUGGCUCGAGUCAAAUCUUUUGAAGUUGAUUGUGGAGAAAAUGUCAACUUCCAGCGGCAACAAUUACGAUUAUUAUUACUCCUCUUCCUCCUCCAGCUCCUCUGAUGAGGAUUCCAAAGCUUCUGUAACCAAAUCGAAAGCUAAGACAACUCAUGAUGAGGGAGCGAAGUCUAGCGUACCCUUGAAUGAUCGCAGGGUCACUUAUGCUGAACUUAUGAAGAGGAAGGCUGAAGAUGAUGAAGCCGAGAAUCGUCAGCGCCGAAGUGAUCGAAUCCGGCGCCGAGUACAAGCGACUGAGGAGAGACGUCAAUACCUUGAUGGGGUACCCUCUGACUCUGAUGCUGAUGUUUAUGAAGAGGAGACUGCGUGGGUAUUUACAGAGCGGAAGAUCAAGCCUGACCGAUACGAAAGAGAGUUUCGGAGGACCAUGAAGCAAAUUGAAGCCGAAGCUGAAGCGGAAGAAGACUCAGACUCAGAUGAUGAUCCUGAGGCUCGUCCAGAUUUCAUCCCUGACGCUGAUUCCGACGAAGAGGAAGAUAAUGAUGACAAAUCUGAUGACUCGGAUGACGAGAAGGACAGUGAUGACGAAUCUGACAAUUUGGAUGAGUCUGACGAGUAG